CUGAAAACUUCUGUCAACUUGAUCAACUUUGUUUUUUUAGACUGUGAGGAUAUCCACCAAAAACACACUUCUGGUGCCCAAAGUGGCACUUUCAGAAUCACGCCAGCAGGAUCCACUAAGGUUUUUUCAGUUUAUUGCGACCAAGAGACUACUUUGGGAGGAUGGCUUCUGAUCCAACAGAGAUUGGAUGGGUCAUUGAAUUUUAACCGGACCUGGGAAGACUACAAGAAAGGUUUCGGCAGCUUGGAUGUGAAAGGGAGGGGAGAAUUUUGGUUGGGCAAUGAACAUCUCCAUCUCCUGACUCAGAAAGAUACUGUCCUUCGGGUUGAACUAGAAGAUUGGGAGGGUGAUAAAGUUUAUGCAGAAUAUAAUAUACACAUCGGUUCUGAAUCUGAAGGUUAUAGGCUCAGAGUCACUAAUUAUAAGGGGACAGCAGGGGAUGCCCUGAUGAGAGGUUCAGAAGAAGAUGGGAGUGAAUAUACAGCUCACACGAACAUGAAAUUUAGUACUUAUGACCGAGACAACGAUCAGUGGGAGGAGAAUUGUGCUGAGGUGUAUGGAGGUGGCUGGUGGUAUAACAACUGCCAAGCUGCUAAUCUCAAUGGUAUUUACUACUCAGGUGGUCAGUAUGAUCCAAGGAACAAUGUUCCUUAUGAGAUUGAAAAUGGAGUGAUUUGGUUAUCCUUUCGGUCAUCAGAUUACUCUCUCAAAGUUGUGAGAAUGAAAAUUCGGCCAGUGGAAACAGACUAGAUACCGAUCCUAAUGUUUAAUCCAACUUCCCAAACAAUAUAUACCUCAAACAUAUGUGCGUGUGGUGUGUAUUUGUGCGUGUGUGUGUGUGUGUGUGUGUGUAUGUGCUUCUUUACUAUCUGAAUGCAACUGAGUGAUACCUACUUAUUAAACAAAAUAAACAGAUUCACACUAAUACAUUUUUCUGGUGUAUUUAACUUAUUUUGUAAAAUA